AUGGAAUGCGAGGCGAUGAACAAUGAAAAUGCAUCAUAUGAGGCUUACACUAUAAAUGUUCAGCCAAGAUCUGCUCGCCACAGUCGUGAUUUUGCCCUCUCUUGUGAAGUUUGUUACUAUAAGAGUUUCUCAAACAAGACCACUCAGCUCGCGAAAGCUGACGAGCCACUGCUCGAUAACCGGCGCCAUCCGCAAGCGGAUUCACCAUUUCAAAUUUCUAAUGGAAAGAGAGCGAAGAUCUUCUAG